AUGACUGAAGAGACUAAACCUGCUAAUGAAGAGCAAUUACAACAAGCUUUACAAGACCCAACUAAGAAGAGAAAGGCAGAAGAUGAAAUUGAAAUUGAUUUAGAAAGAUCAGUACCACUUUCCAAAAAGCAAAAACGUUUAUUGAGAAGGGGUAAAGUUACUAUUGAAGAACUUAAUGCUAAAUAUAAUCUUGAUCCAGCAUCUGUGGAACAAUACAAGAAAGAAUCUAGUGAGGCUGAUAAAGAAUCAACCGGGCCUGAUGAAGAGGAAGGAAAAACAGAUCCUAAGAAGAAAGAGAAGGGCUAUGGUGUUUGGAUUGGUAACCUAUCGUUUGACACUAGUAAAGAAGAUAUAACAAGAUUUUUGGUAGCAAAAACAAGAGAGUUAGAAGAGUCAGAUCAAAUUUCUGAAAAUGCUAUUCUAAGAAUACAUAUGCCAUUCGCACAGAACGAUGGUAAGAAAAUCAAGAACAAGGGCUUUUGUUAUGUGGAUUUCAAGACUAUAGAACAGAUGGAAUCUGCUGUUAAAUUGAGUGAAUCUCAAUUGAACGGUAGAAAUUUACUCAUUAAGAAUUCUAAAAAUUUUGAGGGUAGACCGGAUAAAGAUGAUUUAGUUGCAGCUUCAAAAAAUCCACCUUCCAGAAUUCUAUUUGUCGGUAAUUUAUCCUUUGAUACUAGCGAUGAUUUACUGAGGAAACAUUUCCAACAUUGUGGUGACAUUAUUAAAGUUCGUAUGGCUACUUUCCAAGACAGCGGUAAAUGUAAAGGGUUUGCAUUUGUAGAUUUUAAAGAAGAACAGGGUGCAACCAAUGCCCUCAAGGAUAAAAGCUGCCGUAAGAUUGCUGGUAGAUCAAUUAGAAUGGAAUACGGUGAAGAUAGAAGUAAAAGACAAGUUAGAAGAAAACCCGAAUCAUCCUCAUCAUCGUCUACUGAAAAACCAUUUGAUUUACCUAAUCAAGUACAUUCGAACGAUGCUUCAAAUUCUGAAGAGAGAAAGCCUACAAGGAAACCUUUCACAAAGAGACCUGUAGAUUCCAAUCAUCGUCCUAAGAGUAGUGUUGCUUUAGCAUCCGCACAAAGAGCAUCAAGUGCUAUCGUCCCUUCAGAAGGGAAAAAAGUAACAUUCGAUUGA